AAAAAACUUUACAGGAAAUGACGUGUCAGCCGUGUUGUUGGACUGUGAAUGUGUCUGUGAGGUAUCAGCAGUGCCCAGCAGCCUGUGAUUUGGCACAUACACUGCGGUAGCUGGUGUCGUCUAGCUGGCACAUAGAUGUUACCAGUCUCAACACAAUAGUGCUCAUUGAUGAAAUAUGGCAUCUGGUGAAGCUAAAGAAGCAUUGAACAAGCCAAUCCAACAGAACUUGGAUCCAAACACAUCUGAUCUUCCAUUCUAUGUCUGUGAGUUUGUUGAGAAAGAAAUUGGAAAUGAUUUCAAGUCUUUGCGGAAAGUCUCCAGUCUAAUUGAGAAAAUUUCAGAGGAGAAAAAGCACCUUGAGGAGCAGGUUCUGACCAUCUCUUCUGAGGCUCCGAAACGAAUUCAGGCUUCCCUGUACAAUGCAGAAAAUUCGCAGUCCACUCUCACAGCUCUUCUGGAAAGAGAAGCCGCUGUGAGUGAAUCCAUCAGCAAGCACCUGGAAGAGGCGGCACCAUGGAUGGAUGAUUUAGGGGCACUAACAGACCAGAUCAAUGAAGUUGAGAGACACCUUUCUUACUUAAAAUGGAUCUCACAUAUUGAGGAACUAAGCGAUAAUAUUCAACAACAUCUGAUGACUAACAACGUAGCCGAAGCUGCCAGUACUCUGGUAUCUAUGACAGAACAAGCUAUUAAGCUACAGCACUCAUCCUGCACUCAUCUGUUGAAGUUUAUCACAUCUACAGUUCAGUUCUGGCACAAAAUAUUGAAAGAUAAAUUGACAAGUGACUUUGAGGAAGUCUUAAAUCAGUUACACUGGCCUUUUGUUGGUCCUCAUCUGCCACUGACACCAGUUCCUUCAUCAUCAUCAUCAGGAAGUGUAACAGAGGUCUAUACUAGUUUGGAAACACUCUUCACUCAACUCCUAAAGCUUCAAAUUUCAGAUGAAUUAAUAAGUAAACCUAAACAGAUGCCAGAGAAAUAUUCUCUUCCAGAACCUUCACCUAUCAUUCUCCCAAUUCAAAUAAUGUUAUCUCCUCUACAGAAAAGAUUCCGCUAUCAUUUUACUGGAAACAGACAAACUAAUGUUUUAAGUAAGCCUGAGUGGUACCUUACCCAGGUUCUCAUGUGGAUUGGAAACCAUACAAAAUUUUUAAAUGAGAAGAUUCAACCAAUUGUGAAGAGGGCAGGAUCCACUGUGAAUGCAAAGAUGGAGUUUACUCGAGGACUUGUCUUGUUGGUACUGGAGAAGUUGUCUGUUGAUAUUCCUUGUUUGCUGUAUGAUGAUAUCCUUUUCUGUCACCUUGUGGAUGAGGUACUCUUGUUUCAAAGAGAGCUCCACACAGCACAUGGGUAUCUAAGCAGCCUCCCGAACUGUAUGCACAUCCUUUCAGAAGACACCUUCUUUCAACGAUGGCUGACAGUAGAAAGAAAAUUGGCUCUAGAGAAGAUGGACUCUAUGCUGUCAUCGGAGGCUGCCUGGUCAUCACAAUACAAAGACAUCUCUGAUGUUGAUGAAAUGAAAUUUCCAGACUGUGCGGAGACAUUUAUGACUCUUCUGCUUGUUAUAACAGAUAGAUAUAAGAACCUCCCAACAGCAGAAAAGAAACUGAAGUUUUUGGAGCUACAGAAGGAUUUAGUCGACGACUUCAGGAUUCGUUUAACACAAGUGAUGAAAGAAGAGAGUAGAUCUCUGCUGGGCUUCAAAUACUGUGCAAUCCUUAAUGCUGUCAAUUAUAUUGCUACUGUCCUUGGAGACUGGGCUGACAACAUUUUCUUUUUACAGCUGCAGCAAGUUGCACUGGAGGUUUGCACCGAUAUAAAUUCUACAAGUAAGCUGCAACUGGGCCAGCUGGCUUCAAUGGAAAUCUCUGUCUUUGAUGAUAUGAUAAAUCUCCUGGAGCGACUAAAAAAUGAUAUGUUAUCACGUCAGGUAGAGCAUGUUUUCCGAGAAGUCAAGGAAGGUGCAAAGAUAUACAAGAAAGAAAGAUGGCUAUCGCUGCCGUCACAGUCAGAACAAGCCGUGAUGUCAUUAUCCAGCUCGGCAUGCCCAAUGUUACUAACACUCAGGGACCGUCUCCUACAAUUGGAGCAGCAGCUGUGUCAUACUUUAUUCAAAAGUGUUUGGCAGAUGCUUGCGGAAAAGCUGGAUUUGUUCAUUUAUCAAGACGUCAUCUUGGCCAAUCAUUUCAAUGAAGGGGGAGCAGCGCAAUUACAGUUUGAUAUGUCACGGAAUCUCUUCCCCUUGUUUUCACAUUACUGCAAGAGGCCAGAAAAUUACUUUAAGCAUGUAAAAGAAGCCUGCAUUAUUCUGAAUCUUAGCGUGGGGUCUGCUCUGCUCCUGAAGGAUGUGUUACAGUCUGCAGCACAGUGCAUGGAUAAAGUAUCUGCCAAUGAUAAAGUGCCCUCUGCUACAGCAGCACUAAAUGAACUUGGAGUCUAUAAGCUGGCACCUCAAGAUGUGGAAAUUCUUUUCAAUUUAAGAACAAACUGGCCAAAUACUGGAAAAUAAUUCUGUCUCCAUUUUUCAAUCAUCAGUCAAACUCUUAUGUUUAUAUGUAGAGAUGAGCGACGUUACAGUGAUUCAAUUUGUCACAAACUUCUCGGCUCGGCAGUUGCUGACUUUAUCCUGCAUAAAUGAGUUCAGCUUUCAGGUGCUCCGGUGGGCUGGAAAUGGUG